ACAUCUAACGUAAGCGAAUAGCAGUCCGUCGACACUAGUGUUAGCUGUGAGGCUGAAUAACUCCUCAGAUAUAAACGUGACAAACUGUUUUAUGAAGCAGUUAAUGUAUACAGCGCGUCUACGUAACCCUAGCAUAGUUUUAUAAGAGAUGACAAUUACAUUAAAAGGAAUUUACUACCUGACAAAGCAGCGGUAAUAUGGACGGUUUGCUUUGCACUCCCUUCUCUUCUCAAGAUGGGACCAGCGGUGCUACAUUACAGGGUCCGUCAAAAACAAGUUCCUUGACUACAUUUGUUCCUAGGGCUGUCUUCACGACGUUUUGCGACAGUGCCGUGCGCGAAUACGGCGUCGUUACCGAGUGAAGUGCGUCUCUUUGGGAGCAGAUACCGGCUGAGGGAAACGCAGCAACAAGAGAAAGGAAUACACCUCGGGCUUGUUUUCUACCUGGACUAUCUCCGAGCACCGCGCAUCCCCUUCCGGUACGAACAAUUUAACCCGAAAACUCGAUGUGGAAGCUGGGCUGAAGGAAGGAAAGGGCCACGCUGGGGAAGGCAACGAGCCGAAUUAUCAAACCGAGCUCGUCGGAGUAGCCUAGUUGCCUCCCAAAGCGACGCUUUAUAAGGGAAGGAGCGGAGUCAUUUUAGCCCACCCGGUGGUGAAAAUGGACUAUGAUUUCAAAGUGAAGCUGACCGGCGAAAGAGAGCGAGUCGAGGACCUGUUUGAGUACGAAGGAUGCAAAGUGGGAAGAGGCACCUACGGCCAUGUAUACAAGGCGAAGAGAAAAGAUGGGAAGGAUGAUAAAGACUACGCCCUCAAGCAGAUUGAAGGCACUGGCAUCUCCAUGUCGGCCUGCAGAGAGAUUGCUCUGCUGCGGGAGCUGAAGCAUCCCAACGUCAUCUCCCUGCAGAAGGUGUUCCUGUCCCACGCGGACCGUAAAGUGUGGCUGCUCUUUGACUACGCCGAACACGAUCUCUGGCACAUUAUUAAGUUCCACAGAGCGUCCAAGGCCAACAAGAAGCCUCUUCAGCUGCCCAGAGGAAUGGUCAAGUCUCUGCUCUACCAGAUCCUGGACGGCAUCCAUUACCUCCACGCCAACUGGGUCCUCCACAGAGACCUUAAACCAGCUAACAUUUUAGUGAUGGGGGAAGGCCCGGAGAGGGGUAGAGUAAAGAUUGCGGACAUGGGGUUUGCCCGUCUCUUCAAUUCACCGCUGAAGCCUUUAGCCGAUCUCGACCCCGUGGUGGUCACCUUCUGGUACAGAGCGCCUGAGCUCCUGCUGGGGGCUCGGCACUACACCAAAGCCAUCGACAUCUGGGCGAUUGGCUGCAUCUUUGCGGAGCUGCUGACGUCUGAGCCCAUAUUCCACUGUCGCCAGGAGGACAUCAAGACCAGUAACCCGUACCACCACGACCAGUUGGACCGCAUCUUUAACGUCAUGGGCUUCCCUGCUGAUAAAGACUGGGAGGACAUCAAAAAGAUGCCAGAACACUCAACGCUGAUGAAAGACUUUAGAAGGAACACAUACACAAACUGCAGCCUUAUAAAAUAUAUGGAAAAACACAAAGUCAAACCAGACAGCAAAGCAUUCCACUUGCUGCAGAAGCUGUUGACCAUGGACCCCAUCCGUAGAAUCACAUCUGAGCAGGCCAUGCAGGACCCCUACUUUUUGGAGGAGCCCUUGCCCACCUCUGAUGUGUUUGCAGGCUGCCAGAUUCCCUACCCCAAGAGGGAGUUCCUGACUGAGGAGGAGCCAGAGGACAAGGCCGACAAAAAAAACCAGCAGCAGCAACAGGGAAACAACCACACAAAUGGGGCGGGGCACACUGGCAACCCUGACAACAGCCAUGCCCAAGGCCCGCCGCUCAAGAAAGUGCGAGUUGUCCCGCCGACCACUACCUCAGGUGGCCUCAUUAUGACCUCAGACUACCAGCGCUCCAAUCCACAUGCUGCCUACCAGAACCCUGGACCAAGCACAUCACUGCCCCAAAGCAGCAUGGGAUACUCCUCUACCUCCCAGCAGCCGCCCCAGUACUCCCACCAAACCCACCGCUACUGAGACACCUCUCUUACACACACACAUACGUACAUACGCUUAUAAACACACACAUAAACACACACGUAUACACACACACAGCCCUCACCAUACCUGAACGAAUGUACUGAGGAAUGGGGGGAUGUCCAAUGCAACAGAGCGCCCCGCCCCACCCCACAGAGGGCACUUUGUCUCCAGCAGUCUGUUAGGUCCGAAUGACUUCUGCUUCAAGACAACACACCCAUAACCCCAGUAUUACAAACACUGCUAUAGAGCAACACCUGAUGGGUGAAACACAAGGCGGGAGGAUUGGAUACGAUGAUAGAGCCCAACCUGUUCCUGUGACUCAGACGACAUCAAACCAGCCAAGAGAAGAUGGCGUGGUAUCGGGGGGGGGGGGUGGACACGUGUUAAUCGGCGGUGUCAUCUCCUCCCCUCUUCUUCUCCACCUGUCUCCACACCCCCACCUACGCCUGACCCCAGCCAGUUACCCUCUACCCAUUGUAGCUUGGAUGAGACUGAAAGCUGCUAUGUGACUGCCAGCGGUGACAGAUUCCUGUCCGACUGUCCUCCUGUCUGUCUGUCCAUUUAUUUUAUGUGUGUGUGACCCUGUGAGGGCCUCAGCUGGGGACUGAUCUGAGCUGCCGUGAAGCAUGCUGGAGGAUAUGGAGCCCCCACAGCUGUGGCGUUGAGGGUUUUUUUUGUUUUGUUUGAGAAAGGACAAAAAAAGAUGACAAAAAUGAUUUUAGUGGUUUAUAAUUUAAUCUGUUUUCAUGGUAAGUGUGGCAAAGCGGCUCAGCUGCUCUAUGCUGUCGGCAAGCCUUACAACAUGACAAAACCAACCAAUCGCAUGGAGGAUGGCAGAUGGAACAUGUAUUGUAUUGAAAUAUUUUACAUGAAGCAAGUAUCCUGACAAUAAAAGUGAAAACGAUGAUAUUGUUAAUUGUGUGUAUGUGCAAGCAGCUGCUGAGUGAUGCAAACUUAAGCAAGUAUUUACCUUUUGCACUUUUUUAAUUACUUAUUUUUUUCUACUUCACAACAAGCUGUUAACUGUUUUUUAAGAAUUCAGCUAAAUCCCGUUAGCUGGCAGGAAUUGUGUUUAAACUUGCUGGAUUCGUUUUUAAUGAUGACAUCAAUCUUUGCACGUUUAACACCCAGUGUCACAGAAAGCUCACUAUAUGUUUUUUUAAAUAUUUUAGACACCUCGUAUGCUAUUUUAUUAAGGCAGCUAUUUUUAUUUUUUAUUUAUCUAAAAAGAAAAGCAUUGUUCACCUGGAAUCAGACUUGGCUGAGGUUCUUUGGCUU